AUGAGUGAUGCAUUAUGUGGCCCCUCAAACGCGCUCCAGAAUUUUCAGAAGCACGCAUCUGUUGAUCGAACCCUUCAGCAAGAUAGAUUGAUACCUCGGGGAUUCCCUUCCCAGAGCUUCCGGUCGCAGACCUCUAACCAAGGGACACUUGAUCCUGAAUUUGCGGCCUUCGAAUCUAACUCGGCAGGAGCACCCCUUCCUACUGUACAGCAUGCAGGCCAGUUUGCCACACCCACAUCCAAUUUCGCAGUAUCAAGUCCCGCAGAGGCGUCAAGCUGGGCGGCAGAUUUUCGAAAAAUGCAUAUUUCGGGGCCCACAGAUCCACUUAUCCAACGUCAUGGACCUUCUGCUUCUGUAGCAGCGAUGUCGGCUAUUUCGCAGCAGGACUGGCAGAAUGAGUUUGCUAGGCAGCAGAUGCAUCAACCCCCUGACCAGAACAUUCAACCACAGGUCUCAGGACUUCAGUCAUCAUAUUCGCCUCACUAUCCUAUACAUAACGCUAUAUUUGCCCCCACUCAAGAAUCAAAGGCGAAUCAACAACUCCCGGCAGAAGCAUUUGAUGAACCGGCGUUCGAGGCGGCAUUUGAGCAGGCAAGGGUGGAUAUGAUACUACAAGAAGCGCAAACUACGCAAACACAAGCGGAAUAUGUCGAGGAGGGAGUUGAACCCCUUGCAGUCACUGAAGAAACCGCCGAAAAAAAUAUCAAAAUCGGAUCAGAUACCAUCUCCCAAGCCGACACGAAUGACCCGCAAGGACGUGUGAACAACGCAGACGAACUUGCCCGAACUGCGGGGCAACUGCUAGAUAGUGUAAAGCAUGACCAAAGCCAAAAGUUUCGCGAAAGCAACUUUCUUGCCUUGAUGCGCCGCAUUCGGGACCGCGAGGUCCACAUCGAUGGUGACAAAUUCCGCGAAGUCAGUACCAGUCCGUGA